CAAAGUCAAACUUUUGAAUGUGAUUUUAUUAUUACGUUUUUGUGAAUUUUAUACUAUUUUCUGAAUAAUACAGGACAAUAUGGUGUCGGGAUUAGUAGUAGGUCGCCUUGCUCUCGUUACUGGUGCUGGUUCUGGGAUUGGCCGUGCAGCGUGCCAAGUUUUAUCCAAAGAGGGAGCCACUGUGAUAGCCGCAGACAGGAAUUAUGAAGCUGCUGUACAAACUAUAAAAACUCAUACAGCAUUAGCACCUGGUACUAAUGGUGGUGAGGAGCAUAGUGCUGUGGAAUUAGACGUUUCCAACAGUAAAGCAGUCCAAGACCUGGUACAAGAUACACUGAAGCAAUAUAAAAAGCCUCCUUGCAUCAUUGUCAACUCUGCCGGCAUUACCAGGGAUAAUUGGAUGCUGAAACUCUCAGAGGAAGACUAUGAUAGUGUGCUUAAUGUAAACUUGAAGGGUACAUUCUUAGUGAUGCAGGCAUUUGCAAAAGCGAUGGCCGAGUCGUCAGUGUCGGGUUCUGUAAUAAAUAUCUCUAGCAUUGUUGGAAAAUACGGAAACAUGGGGCAGACAAACUAUGCGAGUAGCAAGGCUGGAGUGGUCGCGAUGACUCAAUCCGCAGCCAAGGAAUUAGGAAAAUUCAACAUAAGGGUGAAUGCAAUCUUACCUGGAUUCAUCGAUACACCGAUAAUAAAAACAGUCCCUGACAAAGUCAAGGAACAGAUUAUGAAAUUAGUCCCACUAGGACGUCUCGGUAAUCCUGCAGAAGUUGCAGAGGUAAUCGCCUUCUUAAGUUCCGACAAGAGCUCUUUCAUCACUGGUGCUGCUAUUGACGUCAGUGGAGGGUAUUAAAAAAUAAUUAUAAUCCAGCAAAGUAUAAAGUUUAUAAUGGCAUUGACCAAUAUUUAUAUAAUAUAAUGAACGAGUACUUAGUAAUGUAAACUUAAUAGUGAUAUAGUCUGCGUUUUGGGCAACUCCACACAAUAUAAACUCAAAGAAUUGGUUUACAAAAGUAACGCACUGAGUUUCUCGCCGGAUCUUCUCAGUGGGUCGCGUAUCCGAUCUGGUGGUAGAUUCUGCGACUGCUCUUGCUAGGGCUAGUGUAAGCAAGUGGCCAGGUUGAGACCCGUGUGCUACACAUUCGGUGAUGCUAAGAUGCCCAAGCGUUACAAACAAAAGUUUAGAUAAGUACCUGGUCGGUUCGCACAAUGAAUUUGUCACAAGCGGUAGGCAGCGGCUUGGCUCUGCCCCUGGCAUUGCUGAAGUCCAUGGGCGACGGUAACCACUCACCAUCAGGUGGGCCGUAUGCUCGUCUGCCUACAAGGGCAAUAAAAAAAAAAACUCGCUAAUACAAACGAGUAUGAAAUAUUAAACAAAUAUCGACUUAGGCCUUUGAACAGUGAAACAGAUUUUUACGCUUUCCUUUUGAAGCUAUUCAUGGGUUGUUUCAGGAACUUAGGGCAUUUAAACUGUUAUUUUUGAAUUCAAUAUUUACAAAUUUUUCUAAUGAAUAAAUAUGUUUAAUACAUUAAAAUAGAUACAGUUUAAAAUAAAAAUAAAAAUGUAAAUUAACUUUAUACCUGUAUUUUACUAUAGGCUAAUAAUAAUAGCUAAGCUAUAAACCCUUUUAUUGGAAUCAGAAACAAUGUCUUCCCGCACCUGUGAUAUUUUUUCAUUACCUAUAAUCAAACAUAAUAAUGAUGUACUGUAACUUGAGCUUAAAUAAAAUGUUAUAUUUGUGUUU